AUGCCUGCUGUCAACAAGGGUACCAUCCUCGUUACUGGAGCUAGCGGCUUUAUUGGAACCCACGUUGUUCGCGUCCUUCUCGAGCACGACCUUAAUGUCCGUGCCGUUGCGCGUACUGCCGAAAAGACGGAACACAUCCGCAAGAUGUUCCCUGCGGCGGGCGACCAUCUCUCUUUCGCUCUGGUUCCCGACAUGUCGGCUGAUGGCGCGUACCAUGAGGCAGUCAAGGGAGUCGAUGGUGUUGUCCACCUUGCGUCCCCUGUGACUUUCAGCUACGUCGGCGAGCCUUCAGGAAUCAUUGGUCCUGCGGUUGCUGGUGUCACUGCCAUUCUCGACAGUAUUGCCAAGUUUGGUCCCACAGUCAAGCGUAUCGUCCAGGUUAGCUCGAUUGCAGCAACAAGCCUGGGUCUUUCGCCAGUAACCAUUACCGAGGCUGACUGGAACGACGAUGCUGUCAACAUUUGCGAGGCCAAGGGCGCCAAGACCGACUCGUUUGUGCAGUACAGUGCCUCCAAGGCCCAUGCCGAGCGUGCGUUCUGGCAGUUCUUCGAGAACCCCCACACCUUUGACGGUGCCACCAUCUUGCCCGGCCUCACCCUUGGUCCUUACACCCAGUACACUGCCGACGGCCGAGUGGGCGGCACCGCGUCAUUGGUCGUCCCCUACCUGAAGAAGGGUGUGCCCGAGUCGUCCCUUUCCGAGACCUUUUUCAACCUCGUCGACGUCCGUGAUGUCGCCGACGCCUGCGUCGCUGCUCUCGAGACCCCUGCAGCGGGCGGCGAGCGCUUCAUUGUCGCCGGCGACAAGCUAGUCAACAAUGACUACGCCCUUGCCGCCGAGGGGUUCCCCAAGGCGGUCGCCAACGGGGCUACAAAGGGCAACCACGACGCCAAGUUCCAGUCCGAUAUCGAGGCUACUGUCCCCAACUUUGACGGCAGCAAGGCCCAAAAGGUUCUAGGUAUCAAGUAUCGCUCCAAGGCUGAGACUAUCCACGACACUAUCGCUUCUGUCAUUGACCGCAUCUGA